AGGUAGAAGCUCUUAUGUGACAGCUGAUGAUGAAGAUGAAGAUGUCUUGUUUGUUUGUAAUGUUUUGCUGUUGUUAGAUGCAAUGCCACCGAGAUCAGGAUGCUCUGAUCCCUCGGCCUCGUGGGAACUUGCCCAAAGUGUGUGCUGCGACACUGGCUGCCAUAACAAUAGCAGGCAUCGUGUUUCUGUCUCCUGAAAGGUUAUUUGGCUGGGUUGCCAUGGUAAUACUCAUCGUGACCCUUGGCCCUCUGCUGCACGGGCUGUGUCUGCUGGCAGAGGAAAUGUUGUACCAUUCAAACACAAGGUAUCGAGGUCAACGGCUGCUGAGCCACGUGCUGCCAGUCUGUGGUUUGGGGGGGAAGACCCUGCUGGCUGCAGGACUGGCAGGCCUUCUGCUCUACCUGGCUGGACAUCCUCUGCCACAUGAAGGCCAAUGUUGGAAACUCCUCUUCCUGGCCUCAGUUCUUUACACGUUUUUUAAAAGCCUAGGAGUCCUGCUGUUUUCUGUGGUCGAUGUGCAGGGUCCAUCGGAGGUGGAGGUGUCAGACAUCUGCGAGGGGAGGAAGAUGAACGUAGCCCACGGCCUGGCCUGGUCCUUCUACCUGGGCUACCUGCAACUGGUGCUGCCAUGUCUGGAGGAUUCCAUCGCAUCAUUUCGUGCCACCCAUCAGGCCAGCAGUCCCUUCUGGGGUCGUGGCUCCAGGAAGCUCCUAAUCCUUAUUCCUCUCAACUCCAACAUCUCUCACAAGCUGGAAGAUGAGGACGACAACAUCCGUUUUUAUGACAACCUCCCAAACAACAACAUAGACAGGGCAGGAGUCCGGGGCCGUGUCUACAAGCACAGCGUCUACAGAAUACAGGACGAGCAUGGGAAGGCCCAUGAGUGUGUGGUGGAGUAUGCGACGCCCUUGCUGACACUCUACAAGAUGUCCCAGCAGAGCAGUGCUGGUUUUGGGGAGCCUGAGCGCAGGCAGCAGGUCCUACUCUUCUACAGGACCCUGCAGGACAUCCUGGAGCACUCGCUGGAGUGUCGCAACCACUACAAACUCAUCCUCCUCAACGACGAGCAUGAGGACGACCCUCACUUCCUGUCCAAGGCCAUACUCAGACAUCUGCAGCAGCAGGAGAAAGAGGAGUUCUACCUCACCCCGCCUCCUCAACAGGAGAUGGUGCACCCAUUAGCGAAUAUUUCAAGUGCCCCGCCGCUCAUGAAUGGCGAGUGGCACCAUCCCGAGCCAAUGAGCAGAGAGCCCACGCUCAUGUACAGCCUGGAGGAACCUUUACCUCUGAAGGAACCUGUUGAGGACACCGACUAUUACCACGGACAAACAUAAACAGGAAACAACCACUGUGUUUCAUGUCUGUCAUGCUAUAUUCUUCUUGUGCCAAACUGAAAGUUUGGGAAUUAAAAAUGCUACAUUUCAUUCAUCGAGGUUUUAUAUACAGACCCUAACUGAGUAUCAUCUGCCUGUGUCUGAAUUAAUAUCUGAAAAUAUCAAAUA